AUGCAGACUCCGCAUACUCCGACGAUCAACUUCGGCCCCACGGGCGGCAGCGGCAGCCCAAGUGGCGGCACCGCCUUUUUUGGCCGAAGCGACCCGAACGCAAUGAUGUUGCAGAUGGGGCUUAGUUACGGGCAGAACAUUCUCCAAAAACACGUCCAGCAGGGCGAGGCUGGACUAGCUUACUACAUGCCUUUCAUCCGCGCUAUUCGCAACUACUUUGCUGUGGACAACACGUACGUAAAGCGAAAGCUGAUCAUGCUCACAAUACCCUUCCUCACCAAGUAUGUCCGCAAGUCGCCGGCCGGCGGGGAGAGCGAUUUCGGCAGCAGCGGCGGUGGUGCCGGGGAGGCGACCGGAGACCAAGUCUUUGGCGGCACGACCGGUUCCCCAGCCUCAAUGUACCCAGCUGUCUCGCCUUCUACGCUCGUGGGUCACGACGGCGGCAGCAGCACCUUUGCCGCUCCCUCGCUGCCCCUGAACGACGUCUUCGCAUCAGACCUGUACAUCCCUCUGAUGAGUGUGAUCACCUACGUUGUACUCGCCGCUUACAUUCUUGGCGCCAACUCCCCGACAACCUCCGUCACAGCCGCGUCGCUCAUCUCCACCGCGUGGGUGAUCGGCAUUUGGUUUUUCCUCGAGGUUGUUGUGCUAAAGGGUGCCGCGUAUGCGCUCCUUGUCAUGCCGAACCCGCCGCUGCUGGAGCUGCUCGCACUGUGCGGGUACAAGUACGUUCUUCUCUGCCUGGGUGUUCUCGCGUCGCAGUGUCUCCCACCGAGUCGCCUCUACAGCGGUCUUUUCAUGCUGUAUGCGGUACUGGCGCAUAGCUUCUUCACCGUGCGAGUUUUAGGGCUGCAGUACAUGCGUAGCGACGGUCGCGUGUCACCACGGUCUCGCGUGUACACCUAUAUGGCCGCUCUGGCGCAGGUGCCAGGCUGUGUCUGGUUGUUCGUGCGGCUGCUCUAA